CGCGGACGCGACGGGAGGGGGCGGUCAGUUUGUCAGCUUCAUUGAUGUUGCUCGGCGGCGCCACCGCGGUCCUCGCUUUCCGCCGCCUACUCACCGCCUCCAGCUGCUGGAGAGGGCGCGUCCCUCGCACCCUCGGAGCCAGAGCCUCGACACCCGCAAUCGGCAACCGGGACGGCGUCAGGAGGCUGAUCGGCACCCGCGCUCGCAACCCACACAAAAUGCCGGCCAAGAGACCCUUCGAGCGGCUCCCCACCGACGUGACCCCGGAGAACUACUCGCUGUGCCUGAAGCCCGAUCUCAUCGACUUCACUUUCGAAGGGAAGCUGGAGGCCUCGGUGGAGGUAAGACGGGUAACGAAUCAGAUUGUUAUGAACUGUGCUGAUAUAGACAUCAUAACAGCGUCAUAUGUUCCUGAAGGCGCUGAAGAAAUAAACGCAACUGGGUUCAAUUAUCAAAAUGAAGAUGAGAAAGUAACUCUCUCGUUCCCCAGCACUCUACAAAAAGGUAAUGGCAUGUUGAAGAUCGAUUUUGUUGGCGAGCUGAACGAUAAAAUGAAGGGAUUUUACAGAAGCAAGUAUAUAACACCGUCAGGAGAAACCCACUUUGCUGCUGUCUCUCAGUUUGAGCCUACAGAUGCACGGAGAGCAUUUCCAUGUUGGGAUGAACCUGCCAUAAAAGCAACAUUUGACAUCACGCUAAUUGUUCCGAAGGACAGAGUUGCCUUAUCCAACAUGAACGUGACUGAGCGUAACCCAUAUCCUGACGAUGAAGACAUGGUUGAAGUCAAGUUCGCCAAAUCGCCGAUAAUGUCCACGUACUUGGUGGCAUUUGUGGUUGGUGAAUAUGACUUUGUGGAAACCAAGUCAUCAGAUGGCAUUCUAGUCCGUGUCUACACACCCAUUGGAAAAGCGGAUCAAGGAAAAUUUGCUCUCGAGGUUGCUGCCAAGACACUACCUUUUUAUAAAGAAUAUUUUAAUGUUCCUUAUCCUCUUCCAAAAAUUGACUUGAUAGCCAUCGCAGACUUUGCAGCAGGUGCCAUGGAAAACUGGGGCCUUGUGACAUACAGAGAAACCGCUCUCUUGAUUGAUCCAAAAAACUCCUGCUCAUCGUCAAAGCAGUGGGUCGCUUUGGUUGUCGGCCAUGAGCUUGCUCAUCAGUGGUUUGGAAAUCUCGUCACCAUGGAGUGGUGGACCCAUCUGUGGCUGAAUGAGGGCUUUGCUUCCUGGAUUGAGUAUCUCUGUGUUGACCACUGCUUCCCAGAAUAUGACAUCUGGACCCAGUUUGUAUCUGCCGACUACACACGAGCACUGGAACUUGAUGCUCUUGACAGCAGUCAUCCAAUUGAGGUCACAGUAGGACAUCCAGCAGAAGUGGAUGAAAUAUUUGAUGCAAUUUCUUAUAGCAAAGGAGCAUCAGUAAUUCGAAUGCUGCACAAUUACAUUGGGGAUGAGGAUUUCAGAAAAGGAAUGAAUUUAUACUUGACAAAGUUUCAAAAUAAAAAUGCAGCAACAGAGGACUUGUGGAACUGUUUGGAACGAGCAAGUGGAAAGCCUAUUAAUGCUGUGAUGAGUUCAUGGACCAAACAGAUGGGGUUUCCCCUCAUCUACGUUGAAGAAAAACAGCAAGGGGACAACCGAGUACUGAAGAUUUUCCAAAAGAAGUUCUGUGCCAGUGGACCUUAUGCUGGUAGUGACUGUCCUCACUGGAUGGUCCCUAUUAGCAUCUGCACCAGUGAAGAUGUAAGCUGUGAUAAUAUGAAGGUGUUACUGGACCAGCCAGAGAUGACUAUCACUGUGAAGAAUGUGAAACCGGACCAAUGGAUAAAGUUGAACCCAGGAACAGUGGGAUUCUGCCGCAUUCAAUACAGUCCAACAAUGCUCGAGAGUUUACUACCUAGUAUCCAGAACCUUACACUCCCUCCUGUAGACCGCCUAGGGCUUCAGAAUGACUUGUUUUCGCUGGCUCGAGCUGGCAUGAUUGGCACAGUGGAAGUUUUGAAAGUCAUGGAGGCUUUUGUGAAUGAGCCAAAUUACACAGUGUGGAGUGAUUUAAGCUGCAAUCUGGGGACACUUUCAACUUUAUUGUCCCACACAGAUUUUCAUGAAGAAAUGCAAGACUUCAUUGUUGACCUGUUCUUGCACAUUGGGCAGAAGCUUGGCUGGGACCCGAAACACAACGAGGGUCACUUAGACGCACUCCUGAGAGGCUUGGUCCUGGGAAAGUUGGGAAAAGCUGGGCACCAACCAACCAUAGAGGAAGCAAGGCGUAGGUUUAAGGAUCAUGUUGAAGGAAAACAUAUCUUGUCUGCUGAUCUACGAAGUCCUGUAUAUUUAACAGUUCUGAAGCAUGGAGACUCCACAACACUAGACACAAUGUUGAAGCUACACAACCAAGCAGAUCUACAGGAAGAGAAGGUUCGAAUUGAAAGGUUACUGGGUGCUAUCUCACACCCUGACCUCAUUCAGAAGGUUUUGACCUUUGCUAUGUCGGAGGAAGUUCGUCCCCAAGACACAGUUUUUGUACUCGGUGGUGUGUCGGGUGGGAGUUUAAUGGGUAGGAAAGCUGCCUGGAAAUUUGUAAAAGAUAACUGGGAAGAACUGUACAAUCGCUACCAAGGAGGCUUUUUAAUAUCACGAUUAAUCAAGCUAACAGUCGAAGGUUUUGCCGGUGACAAGAUGGCUGCUGACAUCAAGAGCUUUUUCGAGACUCAUCCUGCCCCUGCCGCAGAAAGAACCAUCCAACAGUCAUGUGAGAACGUCCUGCUGAACGGAGCCUGGCUAAAGCGUGACGCAGAAGCUAUCCAGCAGUUCUUGCUGCAACGCAAAGGGGCGCAGCCCACAGUGUGAUUGAAAAACCCCUGAGCCGCCAUCACCCCACUGCCUUGCCACGGGGAGGGGAGCUUGAAAGUAUAUUUCACGGCCAGAACCUGUCACCUAUUAACAGUGGUUGAAAAUGAAUGUAGUUUAUACCUCAUUUUAAAAAGAGAGAACAGAAAAGCUACUGACACUUCAUAUGAAAUGUGUUGUUUGGAAUGACUUGUGUGUGCAGACAGUGGCAUGGCACAGUCUUAUUAUGACGUUGGAUUGGUGACAACUUAGAACACUGAAGCAAGACUGCUGGUUAUAUUGUGGUAAUGUAAUUCCUUCCCUCCUCUCUGGCCAAGGCGAGUUAAUUCUUAUUUAAUUAUUUCUAGGCCUCAGUUUAACCGUUGAUGUCCUUCAUAAAGAGGAAGAAACAUCUCAGUAACAGCCACAUCGAAUAAAAAUAGGAUAUAUAAAUAAAAAAAACAAUGUAUUAGAGCUUUCAUUUUUAAAAAUGGGUUAGGGACCUUUGAGAAUAGGAUGCAUGAAUUUCUGGUGUGUAUACCCGGGGCCAUUUUCACUGUUAAAUUGCAAUUUAGCACAGAAAUAAAUUGUUUUAAAGAAAAUAUAUAACUUUAAUACUUGGAAAAAAAACUGAUGAAUUAAAGCCCCUUAACCUGGGAACACUGCUUGAGAAUAGCAACAGAAGUAAGUCCUGAUUCCUAUGCUUACGUAUAACCAUUUUGAAAGCCUUAAAACUGGUACAAACUGGCGUGUAAUUG